AUCAUGGUAGACGUCUUCCAUGUGUCGCUCAUACUCCAUGUUAAGGACUUUACGGAAUUGUCGUAAUUUCAUGUUCGAAUCGUGGAUCAUCCCCCUUGGUCUCCCUUCUGCAAUCCAUAUUCGGCGUAGUCUGCGCUCAUUAGAGUGAAGAGUUUUUACCUCUUUGGUCCGGCCUGGACGUGUAUGAGGGUUGAAGCCGGAGUGUGGUAUUGUAUUUUUGGCAGAGUCUAGAAGAAUACAGACUAAAUCAUUGGAGAAUACUUUGAUAUCAGACACAGACUGGAGAUUACGCAUAUUUAGUCUUCGGUAACUUGGUCCAGGCGAGUCUUGUAAUUCGCAAUAGCAUCAGAAGUUGCUUAUAUCAUGAAUGCUGGUAAUUGUGUAUUACACAAGAGCAACGAAUGUAAAAAUGACAAGAAAUAAGAACUAAUUCUUUAGCGUUGCCUUUUGAUCCAUCUUCAGUGUAUCCCCGUGUCCAUUCCUUUCGCGUUUCGGUAUUGUUAGACCGUGACGAGUUUACCAGUGUGAGGCCACAGGGGCUAAGCCUUGGGAUCAGAAAUCAGUGAUAUUAGUGUUGUCAGAAGUAUGCCAAAUUUAGAAGUCUGUAGUGUGAGUGUAAAUAGCAUAUCAACACUGGCAGAUUUUGCACAAUGUAAGCAGCUAACGGAACUGUACAUUAGAAAAAACAAAAUAGAGAACCUGUCCGAGAUAUUUUACCUGAAGAACUUGUCUCGCCUGAGGAACCUGUGGCUAGCAGACAAUCCCUGUGCGGAAAGGAAAAAUUACAGGGCAACAGUUUUACGCACACUUCCAAAUCUUCAGAAACUGGACAAUGUUGCUGUGUCAGAUGAAGACAGAACAGAAGCAGAUGAUAGUGGAGAAAUUUUAACUCCUCCUGAAAAUUUGGAACAGGUGUUAAAUGGGGAGGAUCAGGGUCCCACAGAAAAUGGAGAAGAGGAAGGGGUCGAAAGUGAAACAAAUGAUGAAUCUCCAAAAGAAGAAAAAUCCCCACACACUGACAAACCGACAGAUAUCAGUGCAGCCAGCAAUAUAGCAGAUAUCAAACCUAAGCCAUCGCCAGUCAGGCCCAAACAGUCAUUGCUGGAUCCCGUCACUUUAAACUGGGAGGAAACAAAUAAAAUCAGAGAAGAAUUAGGAUUAAAGCCCCUGCCUUUUGAGAAAAUCACAACAUCCAAACCCAUUCGGAAAUCAGCAGAAAAAUCUAGGAAUGCCCAUGUAUUGCAAGCUGUUUUGAUUCUCAUUCGUGAACUGGAUAAAGACAGUUUAGAAAUAGUGAACAGUGCCACACAGAAAAUGUUACACUCGGACACAUAGUGUGUGAUAAGUCACUUCUGCUGAAAACUUUAUUCUAUAGGUGGACCACUUUAUUAGUUUGAAAAUAUUUAAUGGUGAAACCUGUUGUUAAAAGAAAUAUUUGAUACGCAUUAGAAGAUUUGAAGUUCUCAUAUGAUUAUAACCUUUGAAAUGGGUUUCAUACUUAAGCAGUUUGAAUACUGUAGAUUCCUUAUUUUAUGUGAGUACUUGAUAUGAUUAAAUGACUCGUAUACGUCAAAUCGCGUGAACCUGAAUUCCCAUGUGAUCUGUUAAUCAAGUGUUCUUACAUGUAUUUUAAUGACCAAAAAAAUAAAAGCAAAUAAUUUCAUUUCACAGAGUGAUGUCUCUGGCAAAAUUAUGCGAUAAUAAAUUCCUUGCGUAUAAAUGAACUGUAUAGUAAAGGGAAAUGUGUACAUGAAACUCUGAAAUUUCUAUGGGUGCUUUAGCAGAAUCAUUACACAGAUAUUCGGGAGUGGGUGGGUACAGGAAACUGUUAUUGCUCCGGGUGCUUUACUGGAAUCAUUAUACAGGUAUACAGUUGUUAUUUUAUUAUGGAAGAUCCUAUUCAUGUGUGUAAUUGACAUGUACGUCACACUGCAAUACUGUGCAUUUACUGCGCUUUGUGUUCCCAAUCUGUGUAUACAGAUUGGAUUCUAAGAAGUUCAUUCAGAUAAACAUUCCAGAGUAUCUAUAUCUGUAAAUCAUUGCUAGUUCACAUUGGGAAGAGAAAACAAAGCACAUAAGUAUAUAUACAGAAUGACUUGCCAUAAUGAAUGAUGUUGUGAGAGAUUGUGUGAUACAUGGACUGGUGUUUAUACAAUUUGUACUUGAAAAAUCUACUUUAUUUGUAAGCGUUGACAUGCUAUAUAUGGAAUGAAAUCAAAUUUUUUUAGUUUUGUACAUGCAAAUUUUUAUAGGUAUGUAUAUGCAAUUGUCUUUUACUGUAGUAAGGAGGUAUUUUGUAAUGUUUCUUGUUACAAAAGCACACAGUGUAUUUCUUCAAUGUCUGGAUUGUAGCAAACAUCGAGAAUGAAUUAUUGCUUAUAAUGAGGUGAUUUUCAUUCCCACCCCCCCACCCCCCACCCCUCCACAUGUGAUAGGAGGAAAUAAUGAAUGAUUCACCAAUUAUGUUUCCAAUGUCAGAAGUGAAAUUUGCAUUACUAUGAUCGUGUUUUUACUGUAUUUAAUUGGACCAGUAUAUUGAUAAAUAAUACACAUUUUAAAGAAGUUUACCCUGUGUGAUGAGAUAUAUGUUUUGAUUGGUGUGAAUAUGCUGCAACACAGCCGACAUUAAUACUUCAUGUUUUUAUCUAUCUAUUCUGAGCUGUUGAUACAUCUGUAAUUCUAAAUAUCAAAUUAAUCACAACUGUAAAAUAAGUAUGGGUCUGGACAGUGUAUUGUAUGUUGUAUAGACAACAGUUUCGUGUUGUGUAUUAUACUGUGUAGCUUUCUAGUUCAGCAAAAUAUGUGCUCAGUAUUUGGUCAUGAUUUUAUUUCCGUCCACAUUGUUUUCUUCAUUUUUUUCUCACUCAUAUGUUCUUAGUUAUGCACAUGAAUUAUUGCGUGUAAUUGAUCAUAUAUAUUAUGCUCUAAAAAUAAACAUUAAAUAAAGUU